GCACUGACAGCAGCGCGUAAAAGCGACGCUCAUCUGCAAAAGGAGCGGAAGAGUAGGAGCCUAAAUUAGCGGCGGCGAGGUGAAGCUGCGAAGUUCCGAUGCGCGCAUCUGCCCAGGCGGCGCUCCGGGAGGGGGCAUAUUCAAAUCGGAAAAUAAAACAAUAGAGACUACGUAGCAGUGAAAUACAGCAAGAUCUGCCGUCUGACAUUUUUUUCUUCAUCAGUACUUCUUUUUUUUAAGUCGACAAAUUACUCAAGCGAACUGGCUGAUCAUCCCGUGUGAUCCGCAAGGCGCGGGUGACCUUAUGUGGAUCUGCUCAAAAUAUGAGCCAUCACUCCGUUAUCUUCUGGGGAAAAGUUUUGAUCUCCAUCGCCUGCUGCUUUCCACUCUCUGCGGCCGUGCAGUGUCUGGGAGACAGGGAGCCAUGCGAGAACGAUGCUACCUGCAUACGCAACAACAACGGCACAGGAUACUGCAGUUGUCUGGCUGGCUUCCGGGGUGACUACUGCCAACACAGGGACUCCUGUCACCCGGGCAACUGCCGCAAUGGGGGCAAUUCCACCGGGAAUCCAGGUCUGUCGAGCAUUGAAAACGACGGCUGCAAGGCCAAGCCCUGCCAGAAUAACGGGGUGUGUAGCACUGACCACACUGGCAAGUUCUUCUGCGAAUGCUCAAAAUCAUCAGGCUACACCGGUGACACAUGCAGUGAGGACAUCAACGAGUGCACUCUCGGCCCGAACCCCUGUGAGCGCGAUGGCCGCUGUGUAAACACUGAAGGCUCCUUCACCUGCAACUGCACCGCGGGCUACGGGGGCCAGCGCUGCGACGAGGACCUGUAUCAGUGCGUCUCUUUACCUUGCUUUAAUGGCGCCACCUGCAUGGACCAGAUGGGCAGCUUCAAAUGCAUCUGCAUGCCAGGGUUCACGGGCGUGCACUGCGAGCAGGAUGUCAGAAGCCAGGACCAGGACAACAGCAGCAGCUGCCCCCCAGAGGGGUCCUGCCAGGACAUGGAUGACCCCUGUUCAUCUAACCCCUGCCACAAUGGGGGCAUCUGCUCCAGGAACUCCAGCGCAACGCACGGCUUCACCUGCAUAUGCAAACCCGGUUCCUUGGUCCCCGACUGUGCCCAGGUGGAUGGUACCAUGUCUCCGGGUAGCGAAAUCAAUGGCCACAUGCUAGAACAACAGUCCUGGCAUGACUGCCCCGCCAAGUUGCGUUGCUGGGAGCUGUUUAGCAAUAAAAAAUGCGACCACGAAUGCAACACAGCCGCAUGCCUGUUCGACAACUUUGAUUGCAAGCCUAAGAACCCCUGCAGGUACAGCAAGUACUGCACCGAUCACUAUGGCAAUGGCUUCUGCGACAAUGGCUGCAACACAGAGGAUUGUGGGUGGGACGGCCUGGACUGCGCUGAUGGCAGCGGGCCGCGGCUGGCCGGCGGCACCCUGGUGCUGGUGCUACAGGCGCCACCAGAGGUGCUGCGGCUGCGUUUGCCGGGUCUCCUGCGAGAGCUGGGCAUGACCCUGCACACCAACCUGCGCGUGCAUCGCGACGCCAAUGGGGACGACAUGCUGCUGCCGGACUAUGGCCCUGGAGCUCAGGGGAAGGGUUCCAAGGUGUUCCUGGAGAUCGAUAACCGCCAGUGUGCUGCCCAGGCCAACAGCAGAUGUUUUUCCACCGCCGAGCAGGCUGCCGCAUUCCUGACCGCGGUCCACUGGGAGACACCACUGGACUUACCGCUGGUGUCCAUCAGGAGCGAGCAGGAGGAGAAGAAACCGCCCGAUCAGACCAAUAUGCUGUACCUGAUUGCCUUGGUAGUGGGACCGGUCCUGUUCAUCCUGGUGGUGCUUGUUGCCAAGCGGAAGCGUAAACUCACCACUCUGUGGCUCCCUGAGGGCUUCCUGAUCAACAGCCAACGGCGCCGGGAGCCUGUGGGCCAGGACAACAUGGACCUGGAAGAUAUGAAGCCCGGAGAGUACAGCCCAGUGAAUUCAGACCUGAACCAGCGAUGGCUCCAUGGGGAAACACGGGCCAAAAAGAUAAAGGUGGAGGACGUCUCCCUGCUGCCGGCUGACGAGGCCAUGCCGGGGCCUGACCUCCGAGAAUGGGCCCCCCAGCACCACAGGGCUGCUGACCUCACACUCACACCCCCCCAGGCUGAGAUGGACAGCCUGGACGUGAAUAUCCGAGGCCCAGAUGGUCUCACGCCAUUGAUGCUGGCCUCGGUGUGCCAUGGGGGGAUGGUGGACAGUGAGAACCUGCCGGAGGAGGCCGAGGGGGAGGAGGAGGACUCGGAGCAGGAGGCGAGGCCCAACAUCAUCACGGACUUGGUGGCCCUGGGUGCCACACUGCAGGCGCAGACAGACGGCAUGGGGGAGACGGCGCUGCACCUGGCCGCACGCUACGCCCGCUCCGACGCCACCAAGCGGCUGCUGGAUGCCGGGGCGGAUGCCAAUGCUCAGGACCGCAUGGGCCGCACGCCGCUGCAUGCCGCCGUGGCUGCUGACGCGCAGGGCGUCUUCCAGAUCCUGAUUCGGAACCGGGCUACGGACCUGAACGCACGCAUGGAUGAUGGCACCACACCCCUUAUCCUGGCGGCACGACUGGCCGUGGAGGGCAUGGUGGAACAACUGGCGCACUGCCACGCUGACGUCAAUGCCGUGGACGUCCAUGGCAAGUCAGCCCUCCACUGGGCAGCGGCAGUGAACAACGUGGAGGCCGUCCUGAUUCUGGUGAAAAAUGGUGCCAAUCGAGACCUGCAGGACCUGAAGGAGGAGACCCCCUUGUUCCUGGCGGCUCGGGAGGGCAGCUUCGAUGCGGCCCGUGUGCUGUUGGACCACUGCUGCAGCAGGGACAUCACGGACCACCUGGAUCAGCUUCCCCGCGACGUGGCUUGUGAGCGCAUGCACCACGACAUCGUGCAGCUGCUUGACCACUACAACCUGGCCCCAGGUGCCGACCGGCCCUUGGGACGCGGCUUGGCUCCUGCCCCAGCGGUCUCUGGUGGCGGCGCGCAGGGCAAGAAGGGCAGGCGGGUCGGCAACAGCAGAACGGCGGGGGAGGAGAUGAAGACCAAGCACAGAAAGAAGCCAUGUUCGGGGGCAGGAGUAUCCCUAGGGGUGGCAAGAAGAGCAGGAGCUAAUUGCCCCACAGUGGCAGAGAGGGCAAAUGGGGGGAGCUCCCCUGUUAAUUGCCUGGAGUCUCCACACACUGUGACCAGGGUCACAGCCGCCUCUCCGUUGUUGGUGACCACGCCCCCUGUGCACAUGCCCCUCCUACCUCCUGUCACUCACAUGCUGGGGCAGCAGCAGCAGGCUUGGAAAGAGCAGACCAAGCCCAACUUCCGGCCACACAUGUGCAGGCUGCUCGAGGGUCAGUUUGAUACUCCCUGUCCAGAGCAGUACUCUGUGGACGUCCCUCUGGCCCGUGAGCCACUGCUGCCAGUCUUGGCCUUUCAGUUGCCUCGGGGGAGCACCGGCAGUCUGCUCGAUCAGGGGCAUGCCGAGGCUUUGUCCCGCCCCCAGCAGGGAGCUCCCCGUGCCUGUUUUGCACAGGGUCAGACAUUUCCACAGUCUGUCAUGAUGGGAGUACCUCAGCCUCUCCCGCACCCCCUCCCCUAUGGCCACAGCCCUGGGGAGGCACCGGCCCCUCGACUCCAACACGAGAGCCCCGUGGACAAGUACCCCACUCCUCCCUCUCAGCGGAGCUACGCCACAACUGGCCUGGAGGGGUCCACACCCGCCCCACAUCCCCCCCAUCCGACCAAGCACCCUUAUCUCACACCCUCUCCAGAAUCCCCUGACCCUUGGUCCUCCUCUUCCUCGCCCUCUCCUCACUCGACUUCUGACUGGUCUGAUGUCACCAGCAGCCCCGUUCCUCGCCACGCCAACGCCCCACGGGGUGGCCCCCUGCCAACCCGGCAGCCACACCCCCAGGAAUAUUCCUGCAGCAGCAUGCAGGGACACCCUUAGACAAACCGUUUCCUCUCAUCCCCCCUCUACCUCCAUCUGCAUUCCAGCCACAUUCCCCACAAGCCCUAAUCUCCCCCCCCCCCAUUAACCACUUUGCCUUGUUGUUACGUUCCUUGCUUCCUGCUGUCUCUCCUUUCUCCCUCCUUUCUGUGUGUCAGGUCAUAAUAUACACAAGUAUUGAAGUGUCCAUGCACCAUAAGCCGUGCUUCGGUAUUGCUCAGUUCCACAAGCUACAUAACCACUAAAUAAAGCACUAAAUGGGCUCAUUGCUUUAAAAAUGUCCAAGUAUCAAUGUAAUUUCUGACCGGCACCUGAUAGUUGAGGCCUAGUUUUAAUGAAGAGCUAUGGGUUUUCUUUAAUGAUCAUCCCUUACCUGCAGAGUAAAUAAAAGAGAAAGCUGAAAUGAUUAAGAAAAAUAUGUUUGCUCCAAGAUGAACAAGAGACCUUUCCACUGAGUGGACCAUCAACGUUAUGAAAAUAGAAAAGUCAUAUGACAAAGGCAGUUUGGACCCUAAUACGGUGUGCUUGGUAGUCUUUUUGGAAACAUAGUUGUGAAUGUUAAUUUUAGAAUUUAACUGAAUGUCAGUAUUAUUGGGUUUGAGGUUGCUGUCAUGAGAUUUAAAAAUAUAUUUUUGCAUUGCAUAUUUUAACUUUGCAUUGGUACUGUUUUGUAUUUUGUGGAUCUGUAAAUAUUAGGCGGUGUAUUUCCUAUAAAAUUGCUGAGCCAGUUGUAAAUAUGCCCUCCAGUUUGUAAGUACUAGUGAUGGCCAAAAGAAGCAUCGUGAACCAUCUGCUGUAUUUUCUUACUCCACUAGAUGGUGCUCUUGGCUUUCUUUAGAACAUGCUUUGAGACCUUUUUUGAACAGACACCUCUGUCUAGUGGGGUCAAGUGGCUCAUGAAGUUUCAUUUGGCCAGUAAGUACUAAAUUUACUUCUGAAUGAAACUGUGACAUUGUGAUAUGGGUGAGUGGGUGGCACUGGAGAUAGGAUACACUUUUUAACUGCAGUUAUAUAGACUGUAUAUACUAAUAUUGCCCUGUUUCUUUGCCUAAUGGACUAUAUUGUCUAAAAUUCAUUUCAGCAAAAAAAAAAAAAAAGUAAAAUAAAGAACAGUCACCUUUGACUGCAUAUAGAGCACCUAAAUAUGAAUAAACAUUUCAUUGUUUUCAAACUGU